UUGUCGAGUGCGCGGACUGCACCUCGGAUGUUCGACCCGACCCGGAAUACGGCGUCCUUGCGCGCCUCGAACGAUUCGCCGUGCAGUUCGGUUAAUUCCAUUCGCAGGGGCGUCGGAAGCGUCGCGACGUCGCUCGCUCCGUUUACGCUUACGGUCGAAUGAAUUUCGGCGACACGGAGAGACCGCGCGAGUCAAUGGGAACACGUGUCCGAUCGUACGCCUCGUCUCUCGAGGACCGUCGGGUCAAGGUCACCGGGCCACCGGACCGUCUCUCGCACCGUUUCCUCGUACCCCUGCCGUCUCGGUGACGUCGCGCGUCGCCCCAUCUCCCUCGAUCGUCGCGGCCGUGAUAACUUUUACUCGGUAACGUACGCCCCGUCCGCAGCCCCGACGCCCGGAGUACGACGCGUCGCAAGGGAUUACGCCGAUCGAAGAUCCGAAUCGGACCACCCCCCCCAGGGCAGAGACGUCGCCACGAGACGACGUACGCGUACGCUGGUCCCGAUCAUGCGAAUCGUCUUUGCGCCUUCGCGCUUCCGCUAUUUCCGAUAGAAUCGUCGACACGCGUAUAGCAGAUACGUACCCCGGGUACACCUACACCGAGAACUCCGCGGAUCGUGGAUUAACUUUCAGAUGGCUCUCGGUUAGCUCGCUCCGCUGUACGGCGGCGGUCGCGGCGAUAAGUUUGCGUUUAUAUUUACAGGUAUUACGUAACAUCGGUAUUACUGAUCCUCAGCUGCAAGCUCCGCUCGAGUCGAACUCGACCGACGACGAGUGCAGCGGUCAUUAGCUGUUUUUUCUUCAACUUUAAUCGCUACGGGAGUCAGGUAUAGACAUCGAAACGAUUACGGUGUCCAGUUCCGCAAUUUAACGCAAUUAACGCGAUCGGACCGUCGCUACGAUCCUACCCGGUAUAAUCGCGCUACGGAAUCAUCAUCGCCAUCGCCAUCGGCAUCGUCAUCGUCGUCGUCGUCGCCGUCGUCGUCGUCGUCGUCGUCAUCGCGAAUCCCUGAGAACGAGAUCUCGAAAAACUAAAUAGCGUAGCGAGUGUGAGCCAGGGUCGGUCUCUCCGCGGCUGCUGCCGCUGCACGCGAGUAAAAUUCUCAUCCACACGUACGCGGGACGUGUACGAGUAGAGACAUGUACGACUGUAUACGAGUAUUUAUGUGGGUGUAUGCGUGUAAUAUAUGUAUGUAUAAUACAUGGUUCUAUUGGUGGUGGAAGUAGCGGUUGCCGUCCUCAGCUGGUGGUGGUAUAUAAGGGAGAGUCUUCGGCACCGAGUGACCACUCCUUCGCUUCAUGCGACCACGACGUUCUUCAAUGACAGAAAAGAGACGCGCGUGAAACGAGUGACACGAAAUAUUCUAUAUAUCUGGAUAUAUAUAUAUAUAUAUAUAUAUACACAUACAUAUAUCCACACGGAGACAGAGGACAGAUACACACGGAUCGGUAUCAUUAAAAAUAUGCGUACACCGUAUCGAACGACGCACACGCAUUUAUCGAGACAACGUUAUUCUCAUUCUCUUCAUUCGCACGCAUCGUUCGUCGCUUCGAAUUGUCAAAGUUCCAAUUACGAAAAUAUCGAAUUGUAGUUGCACGGUUCUCCCCUCGAAAAGUACCGUCCACCUCGUAUGCGAUCGUAGCGAAUCUUCGGAGAUUCACCGAUAAACCCGACAAAUUUAAAAAGAAGAAAACGUAAAAAAAAUAAUAAAUCACACCGAGAACUGUUUCGCUGGAACAAUUUAAAACAACAUGAACAAAAUAAAAGAUAGAAAGUUAAAAAUAAACCGAUGUACGGUAUGAAUUAAUCGUGUUAAUUUGAUUUAUUACGUUACACGCACGCAAACACCGGCUCUCGGCAUACGGACGAAUUGUUUUCGGCCAACUUUUAUAUUUUUAUACCCGUUUCGUGAUUUUAUCCUCAUUUAGUUUUUAUUCAUUUUAUCUCCUUGGUUUUAUUUUAAAUUAUUUAUAACACCUCGACCGACCGGUCGCUACCGGUUCACCGAUGAAAUUAUUACUCUUUUUCCACUCAUACACGCGUUACAUGUGUAUAGAAACUAAAUCUUGUCAAAAUAUUUAAUGCCGCACGUGUAGCCGAUAUCAACGCGUCGGUGACAUCGCGAGUGCCGCCGCUGCUUCUACCGCGGCGACAGAUAAGUGAAAAAGCGUAAGCGAUUGUCAUCUAAUUUCAAGUGUAAGUUAUCAACUUUGAUGGAAAAUAAUAAUUAAUGAACAAACGGUCGACUGGAAGUGAGCGAUAUUUCCACCUGCCGGGGGGGUCUUCUGUACCUUGGCGUCGUCGAUUCGCGCGUCCCACGGUCUUUAAUCCGAGUCAUCUUCUCCGUGGAGUUGCCGCCGAUGCGAAGUCGUUGAAGUUGGACCGAUGCUCCGGCUGCGAAACUCGCCGAUAUAAUAACGACGGCAGAAGCAGCGAUCGCCGUACGUACGAAAUACGUAAAAAAAAUAGAGAACGGGUGAAUUGCGAACACAAGUGUGAGAUCUCGACGAAAUUCGAGCGAAUUGUUUGAAACUAGGAUCGAAAAAAAAGUGCAAGCGAAAAGUCAUCGGAGCCGUCGUCACUUGGCCAAGAUGUUGGUAGCUGCGGAUCUGGUGGGAGGCGGGAUCUCGUCGGUGACACUUUUUCUCAGCUUCGGAGUCCUCGUUGUAUUUCUACUGACGUUAGUUCGGAGAGGAAGGUUCGUCUAUGCGCUACGCAAAAUUCCCGCUCCUCCGGCUGCCCCAUUGAUUGGAAACGCUUUACAACUGAACUGUGCACAAGAAGAUUUCUUUUACAAGCUGUUGGGAUGGAGCAAGAAAUAUGGGGAUAUUUUUCUACUCUGGGUCGGGAUGCGCCCAUUCAUUUGGCUCUACCGGGUCGAAUCGGUUCAGCCAAUUUUGAGCAGCAAUCUCCACAUCGACAAAAGUCUCGAGUAUCAAUACCUGGGACACUGGCUGGGGACCGGCCUCGUCACCAGCUCUGGUGAGAAAUGGCACGCACGCAGGAAGCUGUUGACUCCGAGCUUCCACAACGGGGUGAUCGAGAAAUAUCUUGGCAGCUCCAUCCGGGAAGCUGCCGUUCUCGUGUCCCGACUUAGGAACGAAAUUGGCAAACCGGAAUUCGAUGUUGUUCCGUACACCAAACUUGCCGCCCUCGACAUUAUCUGCGACACCGCUAUGGGAUAUCAAAUGAACGCUCAGACAAAUUGCAACGACGAGUACGUGCUAGCUGUAGACAAGAUGACAUCGAUCGUUCAAAAACGAUUCAUCACCUUUUGGGCGCAUCCGGAUAUCCUUUUCAAUAGAACGUCAUGGGCAAAGGAACAAGAGGCGGCGUUGAAGAUUAUCCACGAUUUCACGAAUAAGGUGAUAGCGGAACGAAAGGCGGGGUCGAAAUUGAGACACGAUGGAAAUUUUAACGAGACACCAAAGAAGCGACAAGCGCUGAUCGAUCUUCUACUAGAAAUGGCCCAGAACGGGGAUACGCUUUCGGACAAAGAUGUUCGCGAUGAAGUAAACACCUUUAUGUUCGCUGGUCACGAUACGGUCGCCACAAGCGUUUCAUGGUUUCUUUACGCGCUUGGAAGGCAUCCGGAAUAUCAGAUCAAAAUACUCGAGGAAUACAACAGUGUAGUCGGUUCCGACGAGGUCACGAUGGAAUCGUUGAAGAAACUCGACUUCCUCGAUGCCUGCAUGAAGGAAUGCUGGCGACUCUAUCCCUCGGUUCCAUUAAUCGCAAGGCAGAUAUACCAGCCGAUCGACAUAAUGGGUACGGAGAUCCCGGCUGGUUCAACGGUCCUCGUGAACACGUAUCUUCUUCACAGAGAUCCUCGACAUUUUCCGAGACCAGAGGAAUUUUACCCAGAGCGAUUUUUACCCGACAGUCCAAAGCCGCCAACCUUUGCUUUCGUUCCAUUUAGCGCUGGGUCUAGAAAUUGCAUUGGAUGGAAAUUCGCCCUGAUGGAAGUGAAAGUUAUCAUUCUUGCUGUACUAAGGGCGUUCGAUGUCAGAGCAGUCGAGGCUGAGGAACAACUGAGACUUAUGGCGGAACUUGUACUAUUGAACAAGAACGGAAUACGAUUGACCGUGACACCCAGAAAUUACGAUAUAAACGUCAGUAAUACUGGGCACUCUGCGAUAUAAUAUUCUCCAGCGGAGUAUAACGUCUAACGUGAAAUAAUCAGUAGAAAAUCGAUCGGAGGGUACGUCCGUGAAAGCAUGAUAUACAUAUGCACGAUACUCUGUAAGUUGGCAGAGUAUGCUGGAUGUUUGAUCGUGAUCAAUGUGAUGCGGAAACAAAGAAUUUACAAUUGAUUGAAGCAAUGAACGCAGUGAAUGUGAAAUUAUGUAUAGAAUAAUAUGAUAGAUCGGGAAGAUCGGAAGCCAUAUAGAAAAAAAACGCUGCACACUUAAUAUUAGGAUUAUACAUAUUAUGCGUGUAAGUAAAGUAUAAUUAGGUGAUCAUAACUAUAAGCAUUUGUACCUUUAAAUAUCGAGUAAUCAUAUACAUAUUCCAUUUCGUUUUAUUUAUCAAUGGUCUUAGAACGGACUUUGCGCACGAUCUGAUAAGUUAUUUUAUUGGUAUUUCCUGAUACGUUUUUGAAGAUGAUUCAAGUAAAAAAGUCAUCAAAUAAACACGUUAUUCACAAUUCCGGAUUCUUGGAUCCGAGAAAUCAUCCGUAACUGAACACUAAAUCAGAAUUAACCCAUCCCAGAAUAAAGAAGGAUUUAACAAUCGGCUUUUCCCGUAAUCCUCUAGGAUAUUUUCCUAGUAGAAAAACAGAUUGUACAUUACCGUACUGUUACGGCCAACAGCCUGUAUACCCACAGUCAAAUAGAGUUACUGAAAUUUCUGAGCUACAAAUUCAUCAGAAACUGGAAAUAAAACGUUCAAUUCAAUAUUAAAAAUCUUGCGGAGGUCUCCAUACCCUAUGGGGUCGCAAAUUGGAGACCUUCAAAUUCUAGGGCUGCACUUCGGAAUUACGACGAAAUUUACUCCGUCGAAGCAAUAAUAUGAAGGGGUGCCGAAUAUCCAUCGGAUCAGCUCAGCUACUGUUCCACCCACUGGGAGUACUCCCAUAAAGUUUAUAACAAAGUAGCUCCAAAUGUUGAUCGGCGUUUCGAAUCAAUUUAGAUUGCAUAUAAUUAGGCGCAAACAAGGAUACAAAUAAAUAAUUGCAUCAAAAACCAGUAGAACGGCGACAUCAAAUUAGAAAAAGAUUUUCUUUCUGAAAUUAGAUGUUGGCUUUCCAUCAAAGGCUAUGGUGUCGGAUAUUAUCUUUUCUGCGAGUUUGCUAUUUUCAGGGUCUUGAAACUGAAUCUGACAAACCAAUAAUACAACACAUUUUUAUUCAGUCACAAAUUAUCAGUUAAUAUUUUUAACGUCAUCAUGAACCAUGAUACACCUUUUGACAUUUUCUAAAUUUCUCUAGUUUGAUUUUUUUUUAUCUUACGCAAUUACAUAAGCAAUUAAUUCCGCUCAAAAAAUGAGUCACACUAAGAGCGAAAAUUCCAGUGGCAGUAUAGAACAAUUCCUUUUCAAGUAAUGAAUAAUGGAUGAGAGCCAUAGAUACCGAGGCGAUUGACGAUGAUGUUUGUCAUUCUGUUAAAUAGAUUUUUUUUGUGUUCAUAGCGCUACUAUCGAGUACAAAUGUAAAUAUGGGAUUAUACGAGGUUGAACAAUUUUCCAGCACCCGAUCAAGCCGAUUUGAACAAAUCGUUGAUCAAUCCGGCCAAUAUAAACAUUCAUAAUGUUCAUAACAGCUUUCACAUAGCAGUAAUUAACUCCUAGAUGAUAAUUCUAGCCACAGCGAUUAACAACAGUGAAUACUCAAAAGAAUGUAAACAAAGAAAUUCUGUGUGAACUACACAUCAUAACUUUACGUCUUAAGAUAACAGAGCACUUCAGCUUGGAUGUUAAGCCUCGCUUGUUCUUCAAACUUUUCCCGAAACUCUUUGGUAGCAAAUAUGUUUGGUAUUUGUAAGAAAUUCUGUAAUACCUGGAGCAAUAUGGGAUGAAAUAGAAUAGAAUCAAAGUAACUGUACUAUACCAAAAAUAAAAUAUCAACAUACCUUGAG